ACUGCAACGGGCGUGGAGGUGACUACGGUGAGUAUUGAAUCCUAUAUGACCAAAGGUAACUAGACAUAUUUCUAACUCUUUCGCUAAUUGCAGGUCAGGCUGCUAGGAAAAAUGGUGAAUAAGCAAGUGUCUGAUAACUCCGUCUUCUUCACCCUGGCCGACGGGACGGGUUGCGUCAAGGCACGCGUCUGGUUCGAGAACGGCAUCGAUGUCAUGUGUUCAGCGAGCAUCAGUGAUGGCGUGUACGUCAAAAUAACCGGUCGCUUGCGUGCCGAGCUCGGCGUGCCCGUAGUUGCAGCCUAUUCAUUGAGUGUGGUAACAAAUUUUAACGAUAUCACUCAUCAUUUCCUGGACUGCAUCUAUGUUCAUCUGAUGAUGCGAAGCGACCAUGCUAAACGCGUCGUGCACUCUCUUGCUCUCGUCCCAUUUGCCGCAUCCGCAUGCUGGCUAGCACUGCACGCCGUGUCCCAGAGGUUGAUUAAAAUCAGAUCAAAUCGUCGUCGUCUGGGUGUGAAGGCCGAGGAAGAAAAUCUCACUGAUAUGAUAAUGGGAUUUCUAGACCAGCCGGGGAUCAGCGCACUCGAGCAUGGAGUUAGUGUGAACCUGGUGGUGGAACGUCUUGGUAUACCAGAAUCAGAAGCAAGGUGA